AUGAAUCAAUUGAGGGUGUUGCUAGUGACAUUUUUGCUCGCGGCUAUUGGUGUCGCUGCAAUGCCAGCCACGCAGUUCAGAUCUAGCGGCGGCAUUCUUGACACACAUAUUCGUAUUACCAACGGUCUAGGUCCAGACGUAGAUCUCAGUAUUCAUUGUAAGUCUGCAGAUGAUGAUCUAGGAGAACAUCUGAUUCAUUAUGAAACUGUCUAUGGGUUUGAUUUCAGAAUUAAGAUUUUUGGGGGUACACAAUUCUUUUGUAGCUUUCAGUGGCCUGGCCAAUUCCAUUGGUUUGAUAUUUUCAUACAAGAUAGAGAUAACUGCGAGAAUUGUGCAUGGUUGAUCAAAGCUGACGGUCCACGCAGAUUUAACAGUGAAACUCGUAGUUAUGAUGAUGUAUAUCAGUGGAACGAGUAA